AUGAGUGUCUGGCGGAGAUUGCAGAGAGUUGGGAAGAAGGCAGCGAAAUUUCAAAUCACUGCUUCUUUACAUGAACUAAAUAUCGAAUGCUCGCGCCAAUAUCACCCUGGGAGUUUAGUUUUGGUUUGGUCUCGUCGAAGUCGUCGAUAUUCAUCUAAGGCAUUUGAACCUACUAAAACAUCAGAUGAUUCGAAUUCAUUUAAAUAUGUAUGGUCAAUGCCAGAAAAUGUAGAAUUUGUUACUACCUUAUAUCGUAGUGAAAAAGUAAUACAGUAUGAAGAAAAAGAAUGGAUAUGUCAGAUUGAAGAUGUCGGACCUAAAGGUACGGGUUUACUUUCUGGGUCUGCAACAUCCUCUAGACGACGUGUAUUAGCUACAAGGCAAAUUGAUUUGGCUGAAUUUGCUUCAAAUUUACCCGUUCAAACAAAUCUCAAAGUGGUUAUGCGUCUGGCUUCUAAAAAGUUAACAUCUGCAAUCGUCCUGCUUACACUAAAUUCGAUGAUUAUAAAGGAAGGCGAUGCCACUGAUGAAGACAUGAUUUCAAUUGCAUCGCUUAUGUCAUUAAGUCGUACAGGAAGUUUUAAUGUUGGCAGUUCAUUGACUAUUAAUGAUUUUGGUGGUAUAUCAGCAUUUUCACCAAUGACGUCUAGAAUUACAGUCACAGAUGAUUCUAAUUCACAUUCCUAUUCAAAUAGCAGUUUUCAUACUGAUCUUAGUGAAUUAACUGCUAAACUACAAGCUUUAGAACGACGUCAAAUAGAUCCCCUUGAAGAAUCUCCUGUAAAAACAGAUGGAAAUUUUAUGAAUAGUACUUCUGAUUCAACAAAUUCCAAAGUGACAUCAAACGAUUCAAAAAAUCAAGCUUCAUUGCAACCUGCGUGUGAUGAUAUUUUGGCCAAGCCAGUUAAUAAUAAUUCGUUCAUCAAAACAGCAUCCAAUUCAUCCGAAUUAAAAGCUAUGUCAACUCAAAGUCGAUAUGAUCUGCUCGUAUGGUGUCAAAAAGUGACUAAAGAUUAUGAUAAUAUACAGAUAAUUGAUCUUACUACAUCAUUUCAAAAUGGUUUGGCACUUUGCGCUAUCUUACAUCACUUUUUCCCAGAUCGAAUUGAUUAUGAUUCACUGUCACCGGAUAAUCCUUCUCAAAACUGUCGUUUGGCAUUUGAUGUUGCUUCUAAAUUGGGUGUACCUCGAAUGUUAGAUCCAAGUGAAGUAGUUUCUAAAACUCGACCACCUGAUCUACUCAGUAUGAUGACAUAUUUACAUCAAAUACGAACAUUGUGCUGUGAUGAACAAACAAAAAAAAAUAAUUCAGCCUCUACAUGUUCAAAUAAUGAUGGAUCAUUGUUCAGUGGAGUUAUUGAACAUUGUUUUGCUAAAGUGACUAAACCAACUGCUGUUGUUAUUGAAGAGAAGAAGAAAAACACUACAGAGUCAAUAACAUCUCAAACAACGAAUAAUCAUCCUGAACAAAUUAAUGAUUCAACAGAUGAAAAAUUAAAUGGUACAGAGGAGAACUUGAAUCAUCAUGCAGACAAGCCUGUAACAUCAACCCCCAUUAAAAAAAAAAUUCCUCUAAUGAAUUAUGAGCAUAUGUUGGCUAAAGCACGUAGUCUAUUGCAACAAUCACGUUCAAAUUAUUUAGCACCAACCAGUAGACCUGAUGCUCUACCACCAUUAGCACAUCCACGUAAACCUCAUCCUAUAUCUGGUUCAUUAACAGCUAUUCAUUCAACAGAUGAACAUUUCAAUAGAAAUUCAAUUGAUGAAGGCAAUUUAACAAAUACAGCUGAUGGACAAAAUCAUCGAUUCAAUGAUGCCAAAUUAUCAACAAGUACAAUAUGUAUACCGAAUACUGAUGCAUCGUUGAAUUCUAAUUCUAAAUCAUUUCGAUUUUCAACCAGUAAUAUUUUUCCAACACUUGGUAAACCUCAGUCAUCUGUUGAUGCAAGCUUCUCUCCAGAACAAAUGAAAGUACGCCGUUUACGCUUAUCACAAAUGAAUCUCUUCGCCUCUGGUCGAGGCAGUGGUGCACCAGUACCUAUACGUAUCGGUGAACAUCGUUUAGACUGUAAAUCGGAUAACCAAUGUCACAUACCUAAUUCUAAUAAAAAUCAAGCCUCUACAGUAGUUAACAACAACCCUCCAGUGAAUACAGAUCUGUCUAUUUCAAAUUACAUUAAUAAUGAACAAGCUGAAUUGGAAGAAGCACAGAAACAAUUAGACAAAGAAGCAGCUGACUUAGAGAAACGGUUACGUCAACAAAUGGCUCGUGAACCUGGUACAGCAUUAGAAGAAGAAUUGUUAAGAAGAUGGUUUCUUUUAGUCAAUAAGAAGAAUGCAUUAAUCCGUCGUGGUAUUCAACUAAAUAUUAUGGAGAAGGAAGACGAUUUAAAGAAGAAAAUGCACAUGUUGCAGGAUGAGUUAAGAUCGAUUCUGUCUGUUGAAGAAUAUUUGAAAACAGACAGCGACCGGAGACGAGAAGAUCUACUUUUACGUGAUCUUGUACGAUUGGUCAAUGAACGUGACGACAUGAUUCAAGAACUCGACCUACAUGAGAAAGCGCUAGCUGAAGAGCUCGAGUUGGAACAGAAUACAAAUAUGAUAUCGCCUAGAAGACGUCGAAUUGAUAAAAGCUGUGUACUACAAUGA